GAGGUUACCACCGCUACAAUUGUGUUUUAAUUGGACUAGUACCGCUUCAAAUUGCUAAAUAAAAACGAUGAUAACUACUUGCCUCCUUUCAGAUCGACCGUGGCCGCCAUUGAUGGUUUUCCAACCCUGUAUCAACAAGCAAUAUCUCGAAAAGGGAGUAGUCUAUACGCCCUAAGGUCUGAAAAUGUGUUCUCAAAUCUCUUCUCCCCACUAUAAAUCUCUUGAUGAGAAGUAUUUCGCUCAGGAUUUUUCUGUUUCUGCCUCUCUCUUUGAUAUGAGAAACUUGUUCCGGCGAUCAUCAACAAUAGAUGUUUCGCUCGUGCAAUUUAUGCAACUGAGAUUGAAAAGAAAAAACUUGUAGACGAUGUUACAAUAUUCGCAAGACCAAGUACCGCAAACCAACUCAAGUUCAUCAACCUUAGUUGAAAGCUCCGAUACCUCAUCCAUGACCAGCGACAGCAACUGUUUGGCAAGCAUAUGGAACAAAUGCAAAACAUUUUUGCGACAAUUGUUGACAAGAACACACGAAGAGCUGGAGGGAAUGGAAUUAGAAGAAUUUCCAGGACGGGGUAGCAAUCAAGCAACCAGCUCCACAAAUAACGACUGCACAUAUAUACCGCAGGCACUCACGUGGGCAGAUCUCAAUGUGCCACAGGAUCUCCACGUCAUCCUCAUCGAGAACAUGCAUGGGCUGAUUGAAGAGCGGCUCUAUCGAGAAUACAACGAUCAUCUACCAAGCAAGUUCCAAAAACGCAGAGAAACAAGCCUUAUGCAAAAGCUUUAUCAGAAUCAUCCUGAAUUUUCCUGGUACGAAUUAUACCGGAAGCUGGACGGACACGGGCAAACAUACGAAGAAUGGUUGCACAACAGGAACUGGAAAAAAGCAGUCGACGGGGCUGCCUGGGCGCUAUGCAUGAAUCAACGUGUCAUCCUUAAUGAAAUGAAAACAUAUGCCGAAUAUGAAAAGAUUGAAAGGAAGAUUGAAGAUGUAAAGAAAUCCGGAAUUUUGAAUAUCAAGGAAGCAAUUGACAAAGCUUCCUUCAGCGAUGUUGGGUCAUUCCUGUAUCAUGACAGAAAGGCGCUGGGGGCCUUGCAGAAGGCUGAGCCGGGGAAAUACGAUGAGUUGGUAGAGUGCAUGAAUCAUCUCAAACGCCGAUAUUUUUUUAGCCUAGGGAGACAAGAUAGAAGUAUAUACUGGAUCCCGACGGCUCAGGCGACUCGAGAAUUGAGGGCAAGGCUUGAGCAUUUGAAAAGGGAGAGGCUUGAGGAAUGCUGCCUUGGUGCCAGGGUAUCGCAUGCGACUCAAGAAGAGAAUGUGCAGCAAAAUACUCCGCUUCGUAUUCGGUAACAGAGAAAGAUUUAUCAUUGUGCUGUCAUUGGAUAUCGUUGUAGGAACUAUAGGAAGCAGAUGUGUUUUUAGCUGGGAGUUCAAACGAACAACCUCUCCCAGACAUUCCAGAGCAGGAAAAAAAGAGAUUAUAGAUGACUAUAUACACCAUACCUCAUGCCUGUGUGUUACCGUUGGCAAUUUCUGUCCCAUGUUCCGGUGCAGUCUCCAAAUGACUUAGUAAUCCCUGCUUGCCAAACUUCAUCGCCUGUUGGAUUUGCUCCUCCUCUUCUCUAAGCCGAUCCUUGCCGUAAUCAAGCUCUUUCUGCUGCCUCCUCUUGUCUUCUUCGACCUUCUUUGCACGCGCUUGAAGCGCUUUUUCUCUCCGCUUGCGCUCUUCUGCUUCCUUCGACUUUACAGUCUGAUCCUCUUCUGAGA